AGGCAUCAGGGCCAUUAAAUAAAAGCAUUUAACAAACUGAAUGUAACAGUGCAGACGUCUAGUUCCUGUUGAGUCUCUGCACUGCCUGAGAGAGAGACAUGGAUGCUUUUGAGGGGAUUCACAGCGUCCAGAUUUCCUCCUCUCCACCAUCUUCAGCAUCAGCCAGCCCAGGAUAUGAAGUCCUCAAAGCAGGGAGAUCUGGAAUAGCAGUAUAUUCCUCUGCUGUGUUUUUUGGGAAGCCUGAUGUCCUAGGACAGCCAGCUGCCAGACACAAGUGCAGCAGGGAACCUGAGGAGGAGGGCUGUGUUGUUGGACGGUUGGUAGAUCUGGAUCCAGAGCCAAAGUCCAGAGUGGAGGGAGGAGGCCAGGCUGGGCCCACGUCAGGCAGAGACCAUGGCGACCUCUCCCGGCUUCGUAGCUCCUCGCUGGAGAUCAGAGAGAAAGAAAUCCGAGAGAAGGGCUCGGAGAUCCUCAGGGAACAGCUGGAUGCUGCAAAGAGGGAACUGAAACUGAAGGACAAAGAGUGUGAGCGUCUGUCACAGGUCAGGAAUCAGCUGGAGCAGGAGCUGGAGGAGCUCACUGCCAGUCUGUUUGAGGAAGCUCACAAGAUGGUGCAUGAAGCUAACGUCAAACAAGCAGCAGCGGAGAAACAACUGAAGGAGGCUCAGGGAAAGAUUGAUGUUCUGCAAGCAGAGGUGACGGCGCUCAAGACUCUGGUGUUGACAUCUACACCUUCUUCACCAAACCGCCAGCUGCAUCCACAGCUGCAGACUUCAGGAACCAGGGGAGCGUACAAACAUGUUGGGGGUCAUUCUCGCAAUAAGAGCGCAAGCGGUGGCUUUCCAUCCCCACCUGGAAAACCAGAACCCUCUUCAGUUUCCAUUCAGCCUGCGGCCAAAGAAGACCGAGAGCCUGCUGUUCCUGCUCUCCUCUCUCUGAUACUCUGCCUGGUUCCUGGCCAGUCUGUCAGUGCGACCUUUGACCGUUACUGGCAGGAGCGGGGGGAGGGGCUGGGCACUGACAGCAGACAGAUGGACUCUGUUCUGUACGCAGAGUUUUUGAUGUGGAAGGAGAAUCCAAGUGUAGAGCGCUCCUCUGCCUUCCUGAGUCGCAUCUACAGAGAAGACAUCGGACCCUGCCUCUCCUUCACAAGAUCGGAGCUGUCGCAGCUGGUGCAGAGUGCAGUGGAAAACAACUCUUUGACUAUUGAGCCUGUGGCCAUGUCAGCGUUACCGAUGGUUAAAGCUUCAGCUAUUGAGUGUGGCGGCCCGAAUGGCUUUAGGGCAGCAAUAGAGACAAAAUGUGCGUUAAGUGGCAUGUCUCGCCUCUGCCGACAUCGCAUCAAACUCGGCGACAAGGGGAGCUACUAUUACAUCUCUCCUUCCAGCCGAGCACGGAUUACAGCUGUUUGCAAUUUUUUUACUUACAUCCGCUACAUUCAGCAGGGCCUGGUGAGACACGAUGCGGAGCAGAUGUUCUGGGAGGUGAUGCGUCUCCGCAGAGAGAUGACUGUGGCCAAGUUAGGUUUCUACCUCACUGACCAGGGCUAGAGGACCGGACAGUCCACUGAAACACCCGGCAGGACGGCACGAUCUCCGCACCUUGAUUAUUUAAGGUCAGGGUUAAACUGUGGUAACAAACAGAUCCUCGAUCUGUUUUUGUAGCAGAGGACGUACAGCAGUAGCGCUGCAGCAGAGGUCGAUCAACAAGGGAAGCAGAAAAUGUUCCACUUUUAUGCAAUAAGACAAAACAUUCAACCAGCACAGCUAGAAAGAAGUCAAAAUAACACAGAUUUAAAGAUAGUGUUGUUCCCACAGAUAUGUAACAUAUAUAUUUUUCCGUUAUACUGCAGGCCUUCAGUAAUUCUCUCCACUGGUGAGGAGAAGUGUUUGUUUCCGUUUCUGAACCUCCCCGGUGGAGAACACACAACUUCUAACAUUAAUACAAAUAGACUCUACGUGUCACGUUUCAGGUGUUAGUCUGUUGAAGAUGAGCACAAUGCAUGAAAGCAGUGUAGAGAGUUUAGUUGGUCUCUUACCUCGAGUAUUACAUACUUAUAUAAAUUAUGUAAUGUUAUAGUUCUACUGUGAGAGUGACAAUAUUCAUUAUUUUGACAUAAUGCUCACUUGCCAUGUGUAACCUUGAAAUUUAUGAAGAAAACUGUUUUUCUGAAAUGACACUGUGGUGAAUGAAGAAUCCAAAAAAGUGAAUAGUCUUUAUAAAUUGAAUCAAACAGGGACUGUGUUUAACACCAACAAACUAUAUAAAAACAUCUGUUAACAAACUCUCACACAAUCUGUGCAGUAUAGUCCAAGCCUCAUUCCUCCAGUUGUAUGCUCAGUACUUCCGAAGCUAGGGCUGUCCCCGACUAAGAAUUUUGUUGUCUUCACAAAUUCAAGAUAACACGUGGCGAGUAAUUGAUAUACAACUGGUCAGUUUGCAGGUAAAUUAUUCUUUGUUACUUUCAGUUUUUGGUUCAAACAUCACAGACUUUUUGUCUCAGCAUGGCCUUAAUUUUGUUGAUGCACUCUUGCACUUCCUGUUCUAGAUGCCUUGUAUAAACACACAAAUGAAACAGCUGCAGCCUGUUGCAAAAGCUUCAUGUAAGCCUGACCUCUACUUCAUAUCAGAAAUAUUGUUAAUGACUUAGUUAUGACACUUCCAUGCUCAAAAUAGUGACAGUUUUACAGUAUAGUCAGAAGACGAACAAGCUUUAACCCAAGUGAUUACAAUAUGCACAACUGUAGUUUUGCACGUCUGCAGUGAAGAGUAUGUACGUACAGUUAAAGCCAUAAAUGACUUUGCAUGAAUGCAGUACAUAGCCAUAUUAUACAAUGUAUAUUGGUUGUACCUCAUAAUAUAGAUUUAUUAUUAUGAAUGGACAAUUUUUACAGAGAACAGUCUGUUGAAGGUAAAAAUGAAGACUAUUGUGUCAGAAAGUGCAAUAACUGCUUCCUAGCCUUCUGUAGGCCUUUGAGGUUCCUACCCUCAGUGUACUGAUCAUUAAAACACUCCAUUAAAGACAAGGCAUUGUAGCCUCACUGCA